AUGGUCCAGAGAAGCCAUGCAUGGCAGCCAUGGCCCUCUCCGCCACUUCUGUGGCUGUCUUCUUCUUCCUUGCCGUGCUCUCCGGUGGCGACGCGGCGGUCGUUGAGCACACGUUCGUCGUGAGCCAGGUGAAGAUGAAUCGAGCAUGCAGGGGGGACACGCUAGUUACAGUGGUGAACGGGCAGCUCCCAGGCCCCGCGAUCGAGGUGACUGAAGGUGAUUCCGUGGUUGUUCAUCUUGUAAACAAGUCGCCGUAUGGACUAACAAUCCAUUGGCACGGGGUCAAGCAACGGUUAAACUGCUGGGCAGAUGGAGUAGACAUGGUAACCCAGUGCCCGAUCCAGCCGGGCAGAAACUUCACUUACCGGUUCAAUGUCGCCGGGCAGGAGGGCACGCUGUGGUGGCAUGCCCAUGUUGCGUCUUUCCGGGCAACUGUCCAUGGCGCACUCAUCAUCCGGCCAAGAUCCGGUGUCACUUCUUACCCAUUCCCCGAGCCCCACAAGGAGAUCCCCAUUUUUAUAGGUGAGUGGUGGGAGGUGGACCUGGUUAAGUUGGACACAACGUUGGGCGAUGGUGUCGAUUACAAUCCCGUUAAUACUACGAUCAAUGGAAAGCUUGGAGAUCUCUAUAAUUGUUCAGUGCAUUUGUGUGAUUCCGGUUGUGAAGGUGCCUUGGAAGACAAUUUCAUCAUAGAGGUAGAGCAAGGCAAGACGUACUUGUUGCGGAUAGUGAAUGCUGCGCUUUUCUCAGAGUACUACCUCAAGAUCGCUGGCCACAGGUUCACGGUUGUGGCCGCCGAUGCUAACUAUGUCAAGCCAUACACCACCGAUAUCAUCGCAAUUGCACCUGGGGAGUCGGUGGAUGCAAUUGUACUCGCUGAUGCGCCUCCCGGCAAGUACUACAUGGUGGCCUUGGGUAACCAACAACCACCGCCUGACAUACAAAUCCCACCACUUAGCUCACGAGUGCUGGUGAAGUACAAUUACAAUCCAAGCAAAGAACAAGCUCUAACUCUCGGUGCUUCGGUAAUGGCACCAGAGAUGCCUGACCAGCAUAACACGAUUGCAUCCUUCUAUUUCCAUGGAAACAUGACUGGCUCCUUUGCUCACCUGCCAGUGCCGGUGCACGUCGACGAGCACUUGUUCAUCAGCCUUGCUCUUGGUGUCAUCUGCAGAGGAGGCCACGUGCCAUCACCAUCAUUGCCCUGCAGCAAGUUAAACGGUUCAAUCUUGGCAGCCACCAUGAACAACAUAUCCUUUGAGUUCCCUAGCAAUGUGUCAUUACUUGAAGCACACUAUCGUGGUAACAUGAGCAAUGCAGGCAUGCUGCACAAACUGCCUGACAAGCCACCUAUUGUGUACAACUUCACUGACCGAGCGAUGAUCUCAGAGGGCAGUGAGGAGGCAGCAUUGGAGUCCACGUUGAUUGCAACGACUGUAAGGAGGUUUCGGUUCAACACCACGGUGGAGAUUGUGUUUCAGAGCACGACCGUACUGCAAAGUGACUCCAACCCAAUGCACCUCCACGGGCACGACUUCUUUGUUCUCGCACAGGGGCUUGGCAACUACAAUGCCGAGAGGGACGUGGGGAGGUACAACCUGGUGGAUCCGCCGGUGAGGAACACCGUCCUUGUGCCGUCUAGUGGGUGGGCGGCCAUCCGAUUUGUCACAGAUAACCCAGGGGUGUGGUUCCUGCACUGUCAUUAUGGAUUCCACAUGUCAAUAGGCAUGGCAGUGGUAUUCGAGGUGGACAACGGGCAGACAUUGAACACCACGCUUGCUCCCCCUCCGGCAGAUCUUCCGAUAUGUGAGCAGCAUGACAGCAGCGUUGCGUACGAAUAAUAAAUUAAAAGUGCCAUGCGUGGCUCUGGUGCGCGUGGUCUCCAUAUGUGUGUGUGGUUGUAACUGAAUGUUUUGUAGCCUGCAUCGAAAGCAUCUAGCUUGCAACCAAAAUCUAUAUUGUAGAUUUUCUUUUCUUGUUACAUUUGUCCUGCCGUAGCAUGUUAAAUUUUGUUCCAAAUAAAUCGAGAUCUUUCCCUCUUGUUCCUUCA